AUGGGACCAAUAGGAGAGCAGUUGGGAGAUGUUGGAGUGGGGCCAUCUGGGGUUAUUGAUACUUAAUCACCACCCCACUAUCAUUUCUUUAA